GCGGCUCUAAUGUUCUAUGUCACCUGCAAAUAACCCGGGCGUUCGAAAAAGCACCUCCACCUCCUCCACCACCCACACCAACACCACGUCCUCUCCACACACUAAAGUCCGCCACAAUGGGCCCGGAAGGCUGGCUCCCGCAGCCCACCCUGCUCCUCGCCGGCCUCACCUUGCUCCUCUCGCUGGCGCCCCCGAGGAUGGGCAUGGAGGUCAUGGCCCCCCCCAUCAUCAACGCCCUGAACGGCUCCUCUGUGAAGCUCUCCUGCACCUUCAACUCCUGCUACAAGGUGGAGAACAAGCAGUUUUCCCUCAACUGGACGUACCAGGAGUGCAGUAACUGCUCGGAGGAGCUGUUCCUGCAGUUCCGCACCAAGAUCAUGAACAAGCAGCUGGAUCGCUUCGGGAACCGCGUGGAGUUCACCGGCAACCCCGCCAAGUACGACGUGUCCUUCACCCUCAAGAACGUGCAGCUGGAGGACGAGGGCACCUACAACUGCUACGUGCUGAACCCCCCGGACCGGCACCGGGGCCACGGCAAGAUCAGCCUCAAGGUGCUCACCCAAGAGCCCCCCAAGCACGACUCGACGGUGGCCGUGAUCGUGGGCGCCUCCGUGGGCGGCUUCCUGGCCGUGGUGAUCCUGGUGCUGAUGGUGGUGAAAUGCGUGCGCCGGAAAAAGCAGCAGAGGCUCAACACGGACGACCAGAAGACGGAGGAGGAAGGGAAGACGGAUGGUGAAGGCAACCCCGACGAGGGCACCAAGUAAAGGCCCCCUGCCCGCCCCUCCCUCCUGCCCCCUGUACAGUGUGACCCUCUUGAUGUGCUUCCAGAGCAAGGAUUUCUGUGUCCCCGGAGCAUCCCUCCUUCCAUGCCAACACCCACCCCAGCCUGGGGCAGGGCGCAGACAGGAGGUCCCUGGAGCCUGGCUGGGCUGGGCAGGGCUGGGGAGAGGGGCUGAGGGCCCUGAGGCUGAGCUGGCACCGGCCCGUGCCCUGCUCUGGGUUGUGCCAGUGUGGUGAGGAGGUGCUGGGGACAGGCUGGGGCGGGUGAGGGGGGAUCUGCGCAGCCCCCACACACAGAGGGGCUGGAGCAGGGGGUGCCAGGAGAGACAGAGGGGUCUGGGCAGCCCCGUGCCCCAUUGUCUGCUCUCUGUCCCGGUGGAAAAUGUGAGCCGGCAGUGUGCCCUUGGGGUCAGGGCUCAUCCCGAGCUGCUCCUGCUGUGCCUGGGCCACUGGCACUGGUGUUCCCAUCCUGAGGGAUCCCAACAGCUGCCAGGCUCCUCCUUGCAAGCUCCUGCUCCUCAGGGACUGUCCCAAGCUGCUCAGAAGUCAGAGGCCAAGGCCAUGAACCCCCCCAGUGUCCUGGAGCUGUGCAGGGUUUUGGAACCAUGGCCAGCCCUUGGUGUGUGAGGGAUGGACCCUUCUGCCUCUCGGGCUGGUUUUGGGUCUGAGCAUCUCAGCCCACGGUGCUGGGCUGAUGUUUUUGUGCUCCUUUCCUUCUUGAGGAGGGUGGUUGUGGUGGAAAUGUCCUGCUGAUGUGUCAGACUGGGGUGUGGGGAGUGCUGGGGUGAGGCCGCUCGGGCCAAGGAGCUGCUGAAAGGGAGAGGAGCCUUUGGGCACUUGCUGGGAAGCACUGGGCACAGCAGCAGGCCCAGAGUUAGGACAGCUCUGUCACCCUGCGAUGCUGAGACUGCCGCCUCCAGCCUCCCUGCAGAGCUCUGCACACUGUAACUGCCAUGGCAAUGCACUGCCAGCGUGCCCAGCCCCCUGUGCCACCUGCCUCACCCGCCAGGUGAGCUGUGCUGGCUGCAGCACCGGGCUGCAGGCAGGGAAUGACCCAGGGCAGUGGCCCCUGUGGCACCAGGCCUGAGCUUCUCUCCUCCUGUGGCUGCCAGGAGGGGGACAGUGCCCAGAGCCACAGGGGACACCGACCUGGGGCAGGGGAUGGAGGUCCUGCCACCCACGAGCAGCACUGCCAGGGGAGAAGGGACACCUGUGACACGUCCCUGUGCAGAGAAGGGACACCUGUGCAGUGUCCCCGUGCAGGUGCCAUCCCGGCAAUGCCAUCAGGCCCCAGGGAUGGGGACAGCUCUGCCCUCCCCGCUCUGCCCCAUCUCUUCCCACCCGUCCAUCGCACCCGACCCCGCUGGGCUCCACACUGCUCCCUUCCCCUCCGCAGCAGGAAUGUGCCGUGUCCCACGCCUGUCCCCAUGCCCGCGAGGGCCAGGCUGUCCCCGGGCAGUCCCCGCGCUGUCCCCGGGCUGUCCCCACACUGUCCUCGGGCUGUCCCCACGCUGUCCCCGCGCUGUCCCCGCGCUGUCCCCGGGCUGUCCUCGGGCUGUCCCCACGCUGUCCCCACGCUGUCCCCGCGCUGUCCCCGGGCAGUCCCCGCGCUGUCCCCGGGCUGUCCUCGGGCUGUCCCCACACUGUCCCCGCGCUGUCCCCACGCUGUCCCCGCGCUGUCCCCGCGCUGUCCCCGGGCAGUCCCCGCGCUGUCCCAACGCUGUCCCCGGGCUGUCCCCGGGCUGUCCCCGGGCAGUCCCCGCGCUGUCCCCGGGCUGUCCCCGCAUUGUCCCCACACUGUCCCCAGGCAGUCCCCGGGCUGUCCCCGGGCUGUCCCCACACUGUCCCCACACUGUCCCCGCGCUGUCCUAACGCUGUCCCCGGGCUGUCCCCGCGCUGUCCCCGGGCUGUCCCCGCGCUGUCCCCGCGCUGUCCCCGCGCUGUCCCCGGGCUGUCCCGCCCCGCACAGUGCCCGCAGUGCCGCAGGGCUCCCGCACCACUUUCUGCCAGAGCCGGGCUGUCCCCGGCUCCUGGUGGGACUGAGCCAGCACCUCGGGGGCGCUGAGGCCUCUGAGCGUCGCACACAAGCACUCUUGCAUCUGCCUUUCAUUUCUUCUCGUGCACUAUCCUUGGAUUGCAACUCGCCAAUGCAUCUGUCUGUACGCGGCCGUGCCCGGCAGAGCUGACAAACUCAGAUCUGUACCCACAGGAGGGGCUGCUCUGACCCGGGCGUGCCAAGCGCUCUGCCGAGUGUGGGAUGUUUUUAUUGCUCUUUGUACAGUCAAACAAACAAAAGAACAACAAAACACCGAC